UGGUGCUGAGAGUUUUCUGGGUGAGCACCGGCGGAGGGAGCCCCAUCUAGAAUGGCCAGUGUGUGACCAAUGAGCACCUCAGAGGGACAAGACAGUCAUUUCCUCCCAGCUGCCUGCAUCUCUUCUUGAGGCUUUAAAAAGCACAGCCCAGGCAACAGGAGGGACCUUCAGGCAGCCGUCGUUGGUCACCAUACAACACGGAAGGAGCCAGGACAUGGACCCCAUGAACAAGAACACCACUGAGCACAACUAUGACUACUCUUCUUGGACCAUAGACCUCAAUGAGCCUGUGGAUGGCCCUGUGAAACAGCAGUUGCAUUCUGGGGAUAUUGUAGGCCUGAUCAUCUACUCGGCUGUGUUCCUGGUGGGAGUUCCUGGGAAUACCCUGGUGGUGUGGGUGACAGCAUUCGAAGCCAAACGUACCAUCAAUGCCAUCUGGUUUCUGAAUCUGGCGGUGGCCGACCUCCUGUCAUGCUUGGCCCUGCCUGUCCUGUUCAUUGCCGUUAUAAAGUACGGGGAAUGGCCCUUUAGCCCCCAGGCCUGCUCAAUCCUGCCCUCACUCAUUCUGCUCAACAUGUACGCCAGUAUCCUGCUGUUGGCCACCAUUAGUGCCGAUCGUUUCCUGUUGGUCUUCAACCCCAUCUGGUGUCAGAAGGUCCGAGGGCCCGGCCUGGCGUGGAUGGCCUGUGGAGUGGCCUGGGUCUUAGCUCUGCUCCUCACCAUCCCAUCCUUCAUAUUCCGUCAGGUGAGCAAAGACCCCUUCUCAACCAAGUUGGUAUGUGGUGUCAACUACGGUAAGAAUGGCUUCCGCAAGGAGAGGGCUGUGGCCCUGCUGCGGUUGCUCAUGGGUUUCGUGUUGCCUCUGCUCACACUCAGUAUCUGCUACACGUUCCUUCUUCUACGGACCUGGAGUCGCAGGGCCACACGCUCCACCAAGACGCUCAAGGUUGUGGUGGCCGUGGUUACCUGUUUCUUUGUCUUCUGGCUGCCCUACCAAGUAACAGGGAUCAUGAUAGCUUGGCUGCACCCGUCCUCACUCACCUUCGUGAAGGUGCAGAAGCUGAACGCCCUGUGCGUGUCCCUGGCCUACGUCAACUGCUGCGUCAACCCUAUCAUCUACGUUGUGGCUGGGCAGGGCUUCCAAGGGCGGCUUCGCAGGUCACUUCCCAGCAUCAUCCGCAACGCGCUCUCGGAGGACUCCAUAGCCCGGGACAGCAAGUCUUUCACCUGGUCCACGAUGGAUACCUCAACCCAGAAGAAUCAGGCAGUGUAGAGCAGUUGCUGCCACUACCCCUCUGCUCCUUCUCUAGUCCUCCUCUCUCUCGUUUCCUCCUCCUUUUUAUCUUCUGCUUCCUUCUCUUUUUCCUUUUCCUCCUCCCCCUUGCUCUUCCCCUUCUCCAUUUUAUGAGACUCUCUCUAAGUUGCCCUGGCUAGCCUUGAACUCAGGAUCCUCCUGGAUGCUGGGAUUAUAAGCAUAAAUUCCUUUAAAGAAAAAUUUCACACUGACUAAGGUAUUACUUGGUUUUCAUUUUUUUUCC